AUGCUGCUGCAGCUAAAAGUGUCUCCUUUCCCGCUGCCGCUGGUGGUGCGGGACAGCAGCGACGAGCUCUGGGCUCAGUCCCUGCGGAAGGGGCUCAACUGGAACCUCCGCGUGCGCCAGCAGCAGCUCUUUGCUGCUGCUGCUGCUGCGCCCCCCGCUGCUGCUGCUGCUGCGCUGCAGCAGCUGGGGGGCGGCUGCCCGCACUUCAGGGGCAGCCCGCAGUACCGCUUGCCUGCUUCGCCGCUGCUGCAGCAGCAGCAGCAGCAGCAGGGAGUGCUGCUGCAGCCAGACACUUGCCACUGCCCCACGUGCACCAACAACCUCCACCAGCACCACCACCAGCAGCUGCUCCAGCAGCAGCAGCAGCAGCAGCAGCAGCAGCAGGCCAGACGCCCCAACAGCCCAAAACCCUGGCUGCUGCAAAGCGGAGACCCAACAGCCCCCGCCACGCCCUUGAAACUCGUCAAAAGAACUGCAGCAGCAGCAGCAGCAGCAGAAGCACCAGCAGCAGAAGCACCAGCAGCAGAAGCACCAGCAGCAGAAGCACCAACAGACACCGGAGGGCCAUUGGGCACCCAAGGACGUGCAGCAGCAACAGGAGCAACAGCAGAAACAGCAGCAGCAGCAGAUCACGAAGGCACGAGUGAAGCAACAAUAAAGGCCGCACAGCCAGCGGGUGCUGCUGCUGCUCCUGCUGCUGCUCCUGCUGCUUCUGCUGCGCCUACCGUUAUUGUCGUUGGCCCCGACACAGAAACCAAACGGGAAGAUCCUUCAGCAAUGGCAGCAGCAAGAUCGACAACAGCAGCAGGAGCAGCAGCAGCAACAGCAGCAGCAGCAGCAGCAGCAGCAAAUAAGAGUCCUCCGUCCGUAGGCUGCAGCAUUGUCUGUGACAGCAGUGAUGCUGUCACAUCGAAACAGGAGCAACAGCAGCGGCAGCAACAGCAGCAGCAGCAGAAGCAACCCCAGCUACUCCAAGAGCCUCGAGCAGCAACAACAACGACAGGGACACUCUCAGCUGCAAGCGCCUCUCUCUGUGAGCUGCUGCUGCUGCUGCUGCUUCUGCUGCUUCUGCUGCUGUGA